AAAAGGGGAAAUACCAUGGAGCUUUGGGUAACGUUGCAGCUUCUGCUCUUGGGGGUACUUCUGAGGACGGCUCAGGGACAGAGGGACGAGCUAAGCUCCGAAGAGGAAAGAAAAGCGUUGAUGCUCAAGCAUCUGCAAGAGGUCCUAGAGCUGUCGGAACAUGAAGCGACCGAAGAGGAGUCCCUGCAGGAGGUGACCUUGACAGAGGCGGGGGGCUCAGACGGCAAGGAGAUCCUCGAAGAAGAGCUGGAAGAGCUGGAGGAACAGCUUCCCCACCCCACCGUUUGGUCCCUGACGACAACGCCCCCAGCUCAGGAGGAGGAAGAUGGCUUCAGCUACGUGUUCACCCGUCUGAACAACCUGGACGCAGCCGUGCAUCGCCUCAAUGUGCAGUUCUAUCACAUGGAUGUGAAGGUAUCCCAAUUCUCCCAAGGCCUUGCUGAAUUGAAGGGAGGCCUGGCUGAAGCCCGCGAAUCCCUUGCUUCCCUGAACGACAUUGCUAUCCGCAACCAGAAAGAGCUUGGAAAAAUCGACGGUUGCUUGAGGGGCCGGCGCACCCAAACCAAAUGCUUCUUGAUCUUCAAGCACUUCGAGACCUACGACGGGGCCCAAAAACUGUGCACAGCCCGGGGAGGAACCUUGGCCAUGCCAGCCGAUGCCACCGAGUUGGCCUUCCUGGGCCGAUACCUACACGACAGCUUCCAGCCAUACAACUGGCCAGCCUGGGUGGGCAUCCACGACCGGCGUGCGGAAGGCCUCUGGCUCUUUGAGAAUGGGCAGCGGGUCUCCGUCUUUGACUGGUACCGCGACCACUUGGUGACGCAACCCAACGGUGGCGCUCGCGAGAACUGCGUCAACCUCAGCUCCGACGACGGGAAGUGGUGGGACAAUGACUGCGAACGGCGCAUGUAUUACAUUUGCGAGUAUCGCCUCUAA